AUGCCAGCCAUACUUCCUUGGUGUCAAAUCGUAUCGGAAUCUGAACUCCCUUCCAUCCCUUCCGAGUGGUUGGAACUUCGACCCUCUCGCGAUAACUUCAUCGGUUUGGACAAAGAUGGUUUCGAAAUCCUAUCGCCUAUCUUUGGAAAUCCGGCAAACGAAAUUGAAGAAGGACAAACUCCCCAGCAUCUUCCCACUUAUGACGAAGCCGUAAAACCUGGUCCUUGGAACAACAAUGCACGUUACUUGAAUGAUCUACCCCGCGGGACGGUGUUUAGACUCAAAGAUCCCCUCAACAAACACGCCUUUUACAUGAUCGCUCUAGGAGUAGAGACCGAGUCCAGAGUCCCCCUUCCUACCCCUGCCACUGUCACCGUCAUCAAGAAGGGUAUCAACCCCGCGGCUCGUCCUUUCGUUCCCACUCCCUCUCUAGCUGUGACUACUCGUCAGGUAGCUGUACCCACUCGCCCGGUAACUGUACCCACUCGCCCGGUGACUGUACCCACUCGCUCGGUAACUGUAUCCAACACUCGAGCCGUCUCGGUAUACUCGGAACCAGUUCUUCCUCCCUGUCUACAACCUUUCCAAGUUCUCGUUCCAUUCUUGUUUACGCCUUGUCGAGUUCGUAAACCCAUCCCCAUUCGUGCCCCAACCCAGCCUCUUGCUCGUUGCGAGUACAGACCCAUUCCCUUUCGUGCCCCACCCAAGUCUCUUCCUCGUCGCGAGUUCAGACCCAUUCCUAUUCGUGCCCCGACUUCGGGUCAGUGA